UAUAACUCGCUUUCUGCGUAAAUACAGCGCAAAGUUAAUUAGCUUUAACUCUCCUUUUUGGUCUUGAGGACGAUUGAAGAUCUUCAAAUUAUGAGCAAAAAUAAUCAUAAUACAAACAAUAAGAAUUCACCAUGAGCGCGUCCAAAUCUUUCCAUAAAGCUGAGAUCAUCACUGCAGUGUCUGUGACAUUUGGAGCUGCAGCAGUGGGAAUCUUCAUCUACAAAACAUUCUUCAGCAAAAGCAAAUGUGAUAAGCCAAAGGUCAACCUUGAUCUGCAGAAAGACAACCCCAAAGUGGUGCAUGCGUUCGACAUUGAGGACCUGGGUGACAAAGCCGUGUACUGUAGGUGCUGGAGAUCCAAAAAGUUUCCAUACUGUGAUGGUGCACAUGCUAAACACAAUCAGGAGACGGGAGACAACGUUGGUCCUCUGAUCUUAAAACGCAAGGAGGCCUGAGCCUCUUUCAUCUGCUCUCAGACCAGUGCUCUAUCCAUAGAUAUAUCUAUCUAUCUAUCUAUCUAUCUAUCUAUCUAUCUAUCUAUCUAUCUAUCUAUCUAUCUAUCUAUCUAUCUAUCUAUCCAUCUAUCUAUCUAAAUACGGGUGGGUGUUAAGCAAUAGAUAUAGUUUUACAUUUUUUUAAAUCUUCUUAGACUUUAUGGGAUAUGUUCUGGUUUAACCAAACUUCUAAAUAUGUUUCUGUGACUAAACACUGGUCAUAUUAUUUUAGAUAAACUAGAGACAAAAGCACAUCAGUCUGAGUUUGAGCUGAAUGUAGUAUGCUUUUGGAGAUAAAUAUGAAUGUGAAAUCUCAUGUUUACUUUCCAUGAAACUUCACAUGUGACCUUACUGACAUUAAAUAUAUUUAAAGUUGCUUUCUCCUAUAUCUGUAUAUUUUGAAUCAUAGUCACAUAAUAUGACAGGUACUGUUUUGUAAUUUAAAAUAUAAUUAGUUGUCAUUCAGAUUUACAUGUGGAGGUGAGAGUCUAUUUAUAUAACAACAAAACGUUGCACAGAGCAAAAUCAGGUUUUGAUGACCUUGUCUUUUCUGUGAAAUUAUUAUUAUUUUCUCUCAGAAAAGUACACUGUACAAGUUUGAUGUUAAAUAAACAGUUUCAAAGUGA